AUGGUUUCUCAGGCCCAAGUGCUCGAUCGCCCUGUGCCACCGCAAAGUGCACCUUCGUCUGUGUCGCGUCAAUCGUAUCACAAUCGCCGGCAUCGCUCGAGUCGCUCUCAUCAUGGUGGACUGGUUCAUCAGCCUCUGAAUGAUUUCCCGAUCUUUACCCACACUGGCGAUGUUGAGUUGGUGAUACGCGCUGGUCGCCAAGAGAACCGUUACCUUUUGCACCGGCUCAUUCUGGCGCAAUGCUCCGGAUUCUUCGAGGCUAGCACCCGAGAAGAGUGGUCGCGACGGCAGCCCAACAACCCCGAAUCGACCCUGUCCAGAAUUAGUGAAGAUGCUUCAUCUCUAUCCAAUGGCUCCACCUUGGCGCAAUCCGACGUCGGGGUAACUCAAUUACCACCCGAAAAAAGGCGAUGGCGAUUCGAACUAGAUUGGGAGAACAAGGCGGACGAUGAGGAGCCAAUACUGGUCCAAAAGCCUCCCAGCGCUUCUGGUGCCAUACUUAGCGAUUUUGGACCGUAUGCGAAGCCAAUGACCAAACCGUCGAGCAAUCAUACUGGAUUUGCUCGUUCUAUGGCAAACUUGGCCGGCCUGCAGUCCGCUAUCCAUCUGCCACAUAGGUCGAGUGCGGUAGCCGCGGCUGCAGCAAACAACACGGCCAAUGACACAGCGAUGGAUCCCAUACUCCGUGAUUAUGACAACCUGUUUCGGUUAUUCUAUAAUCACCCGCCAUUAUUGAACACCAUCAACAUCGCUACUGCAUAUGCAGAAUGCAAGGCCCUUCUAGCCCUGGCGGAUAUGUAUGAUGCCUUACCCGUCACCGGUCCCCGCGUGGACCAUCACCUGCUGGGCUUCGGCUCGCGUCUCUUCAAACAAAUUGCCAAAUAUCCGCCAAGCUAUCUUAAGCUAGGGUACCUUGCACGAAGUCGUGUCAUCUUCUCCGAGGCCCUGAUUCACGUUGUCGGCCAAUGGCCGGCUGGACGAUCAGCUCUCCGCAGGGGACCGCUUCCCCCUUUGGUAAUGGACAUUAUUGAGGACAAGUUCGAGGAUUUGGAGGAUCUCAAGGCUCGUGUGGAAUCCAAACUUCUCCGCCUCACGCUCACCACUUCCCGCGGUGAGCGUGUCAAUCCUCAGAACGCCUACUUGGACUGGCUUGCUGUCUCGCUCUUCCGACAAUGGCUGGUUGACAACACUACCCCGCCGCCUCCACCAAUCCUCAAGAACAAUACUUCAACGAACAAUAGCCGUGCACCAUCUGCAAUGACGUCCACGACUCUGUCUGCAAACCGACCAACAGACACUCCGUCUGCGGCCACGACUGCCUCUUCGGCUCGCGUCUACCGACUCAUUGGCUCCCCGUCUGCGCAAGCGUAUCUUUCUCAUGAGGAGCUCAAAAAGUUCCUCAAGGUUCACCCAACACCGUCCUCGGAAUCACUGUACACGCGCGAAGUGCUCAAGCGCUUCGAACGUAAGAUGGAUGAAAUCAAACGGCUGGCCCGUGAGAUUGUCAAACCGCUUAUGCGGAACUUUCUUGAGUUGGAUUUGAAGGGAGGCGAGUUCAACGACACCAUCCCCUAUCUGACCUGUGUGAAAGUCGAAGAUGAAGAUAUUCCAUGGGAAUGA